CAUUCACUCUUCUAACGUGCCAUAGAGUCCAUUGAUUCAAAACUUUGUCGUUUUAAAAAAUCUUAUUCCCACUGUGUAAUGUAUCUUUUCAAGUGAGACAAACGAAAACAACGCACAUUAAAGCUGCAACAUCAGUAUAGCGGUUUGCCGUUCACGGCGCCGAUAUUAUUAACUAAAGAAAAGAGCUUUCGCCGAUUCAAAACAAUGGGGUGCGUUUUCUGUAAGAAGUCCGCUGGAGGAAAACAUAAUCCCGAUGAAGCUCCUCCCGGAAACCUCCGCCGUGAAACCAAGACGGAUCAUUUACCUUCUUCUUCCUCCACCGCCGUAUCUGUACCGGAGGUCAUUGAAACCGGAGAGAGCAAGAAGGAUUUAGGUUUGACUCAGAUUCAAAUGGCGAGAACGUGGCACACCGGUGAUUUCUCCGCCGGCUCUUCUCGCCGGCCGUUGGGGAUGAGUCUCCGUGCGCCGGAAGGAUGGCCGCCGUGGCUGAUUGCUGCUUGCGGCGAAUCGAUCAAAGACUUGACUCCACGGCGAGCCACCACAUACGAGAAGCUGGAGAAGAUUGGGCAAGGAACUUACAGCAAUGUGUAUAAGGCUAAGGAUUUAUUGACUGGAAAAAUUGUAGCCUUGAAGAAAGUUCGAUUCGAUAAUUUGGAAGCAGAGAGUGUUAAGUUCAUGGCUAGAGAGAUUCUUGUGCUGCGACGGCUGAGUCAUCCUAAUGUGAUAAAGCUUGAAGGGUUAGUUGCUUCGAGGGUUUCGUGUAGUCUCUACCUUGUUUUUGAGUAUAUGGAGCAUGAUCUCACCGGCCUUGCUGCAGCUCAAGGUGUCAAGUUUGAUCUUUCCCAGGUGAAAUGUUUUAUGAAGCAGCUACUCUCUGGGCUAGAGCAUUGCCAUAGCCGAGGAGUCUUACAUCGAGAUAUCAAAGGUUCAAAUUUGCUGAUAGAUAAGCAUGGAAUACUGAAGAUUGCUGAUUUCGGGUUGGCUACGUUUUAUGAUCCAAAGCAAAAGCAAACGAUGACUAGUCGUGUUGUCACGCUCUGGUACCGCCCUCCUGAGCUUCUUCUUGGAGCUACCAACUAUGGAACUGGCGUUGAUCUUUGGAGUGCCGGUUGUAUCAUGGCUGAGUUACUUACGGGCAAGUCUGUUAUGCCAGGAAGAACCGAGGUAGAACAACUUCAUAAGAUAUUUAAAUUAUGUGGCUCGCCUUCAGAAUUGUACUGGAAGAAGUACAAAUUGCCAAACGCAACCCUUUUUAAGCCCCAACAUCCGUACAAACGUUGUGUGGCUGAAGCAUUCAACGGCUUCGAUCCAUCCACUGUGCAUCUAGUCGAGACACUUCUUGCCAUAGAUCCUGGUGAUCGAGGAACUUCUACCUCAGCCUUGAGUAGUGAAUUCUUUACGAGUGAACCUUUAGCGUGUGAUCCAUCAAGUCUACCAAAGUAUCCACCUUCUAAAGAACUGAAUAUAAAGCUAAGGGACUACGAGUCUAGAAGGCAAAAAGGUCUUCCUGGAAAAACUAGUGGUGUGGAAGGAGCCAGAAGAAUAAGAUAUCGUGGGGAUCGCACCGGGAGAGCCUUUCCAGCUCCAGAAGCUAAUGCCGAGAUUCAAGCAAACUUGGAUAGAUGGAAAGUGGUACCACAAACACAUGGAAAGAGCAAGAGCGAGAAGUUCCCGCCUCCUCACCAGGACGGUGCAGUUGGACACCCAGUGGAAGAUCAGUCAAAGAAAAGCUCAGCAUUUGGUGCAAAGACUGAGGCUUCUUUCGGGUCAUCAAGAUCGUUGAAGGCUGGGGAAGAGACAUCAAUGAGAAAGAUUUCAAACAAAGAAGGAACUCGGGGGUCAUCUUCAAGAAAGUACAUAUGGGGGCUUAAACCUCCUCCAGCGCUUGGGCUAUCUAUGGACUUACUUUUCAGGAGCAGAUCAGAAGUUUUGGGAACUGGAGAUAGGAUAGGUAAACGGAAACAAGUUGAAAGUUACAUUAGUGCAUCAAGAAUAAGAGGUAAGGAGAGGGGUUAGUUGAAGAAAAUCCUAUUAUUUGUAGCAGCAUAGAAAGAGCGAGAUACUGCACAAAUGGAAAUGUGGUUUGACUCUCAUGUUAAAACACAGUUCAUGUACUUUUUAAAUUGUAUAGCUUGAUUAAAUGGGGUUAAUGUGGUUUCAAACACUAAGGUGUUCAAAACAUUUUGACUUCUGCUUUUGGAUUUGUU